GAGUAUGUGCUUUGCCCGUCUUAAAAACCAAUCUAAUAUUGUGACUUGAAUGUUUUGAGUUGACGUAUAAGAAGACAUCCUACCAUUUUGAUUGCAAUAAUUAGUAACAAUGAAUUCCAUACUUGCCACUUGACUGAUUUCCAACAUGUCAGAAGAAAGAGCAACCUCUGAAACCAUGGGAGGAAGUAGGAGUUCCGAAAAACCAAAGUACAAGUCUAAAGUCUCUGGUUUGUACGCCAAAGCUAAACAAAGAAUCUUGAAUAAACUGGGAAGAAGGACUCUCCUCACAAGAUAUCCAAAAGCAGAUGGCAUGAAUAAAAGGAUUCGCAAUAUUGAUCAUUCAAAGAAUAAGAUAGUCGCAUUGUCUGAGAAGCAAAAAAGUUGCUUGGAAGGUUUCUUUCAAGCUAGUUCUACGUUGCGACAACUUUUUGUAGAGCUUUGGAAAACAGAAGGAUAUCCUCAAGCGUGGUCAGAACAUACUGGCUCUUUUGGUGUUCAACUUAAUGACGAACAAGUUAAAUCAAUCAACUUGUUUGAGAAAGACUAUGCAGAGUUUGAGAACAAACAAACCGUAGCUUUCCAAACCUUUCUUGCUCACUUGGAAGACUUUACCAGGAGACCACUUACUAAUGAAACUCCAGAUGAGGUGUUGUUAUUAUACCAGUUGAGAAGGGCAAAAAAAGACUACAAGCAGAAGAGGACUCGUUAUAGUGACGCAAUUAUCAACCUGAGGACUUGCAGUUCUCCUCCAAGCUCUGCAACGUAUCAACAUUUAGAAGAAAAUGUAGAACUAGCUAAAAAUGCUUUGCAGCAAUCAGCCGAAAAGUUUUGUAGUGAAGCAUGGAAGUAUCAACAGCUGGUUCGUGAACAAAUGUUUGAGCGUAUAAAACACUACUUUACGAACUAUAAAGCCUGGAUAAGUGCACUUCAAGUUUCAGCGGACGAAUUUUUUCCUUGGAUGGAUAGCAGCCUUUUUGACUUUAGCAGUUUUGAAAAUUCUACAGGAAAUGACGAUUAUGAGAAAAUGAUGGGAGCUUCCUCGGUAAUAGUCAACGAAGAAAAUAAGCAAGCUUCAUCAUCAUCAGAGGAAGAGUCUUCGGAUUCUGAUAAUGAAAGUGAUAUCAAGGAAAAUUGAUAAAUGUUCAUAUUAUUGUAAUAUCCACAAGCAUUACUGCAAUAAAUGAGUUACACUGCCUGUUUUAAUAGGCAGCUUUGUGUUUUCUUCACGCAGCUCACAGCCCAAUCAUAAUAAUAUCAGAAAAGUUUUAUGAAGUAACUUGAGAUGAUGACUGUCAUAAAAAUUAUAAAAUGAGUAGUAGACUUAAUUUUAGCUUACAAUACUAAAGAACUCUAGAGAACGAUGCGAAACAUCUAAUGAAAGCUAUUUUUGUAACUUUCUUAAGUUUCUCAUAUGAAUCUUAAAAUACACGUCAAGCUUCUAACCACUACAGCUUGUACAAUCUGAGGCAUUUCCCCGACGCUUCGUCAAACAGUUGUAGCUUAAGACAAGCUUCUUGACGCUCUUGUUGUUUCUUUAUAUGCUUCCAACAUAUGGGAACUAAGCACAACUAGCGAGUUCGCUCAUGAGAUAGGGAUUUGUUUCACUGCUUGGUUGAACAUGAGUGAAUAUCAACGUGAAACCAGGCACUUGGUGAAUAAAUAAACUCUCCUCCAA